AGCAAGACUGUCCAAAUGGCCGUUUAACACCAGCCAAAUUUGUGGACAUGUACAAAAUGUUCUUUCCAAGCGGUAAUGCCGAAGAAUUCUGCGAUCACGUAUUUCGGACAUUUGAUAUGGAUAAAAAUGGUUACAUAGACUUCAAAGAGUUUCUAUUAGCCAUAGACGUCACAUCGUCCGGUACGCCGGAGGAAAAACUAAAAUGGGCAUUCAGAAUGUAUGACGUGGACGGCAACGGAGUCAUCGAUAUUCAAGAGAUGACGAAAAUCGUUCAGGCCAUCUACGAUAUGUUGGGUGCAUGUUCAUCUAAUCGUCCAGCUGACUCGGCAGAAGAUCGGGCUAAAAAUAUAUUCGCCAAAAUGGAUGAGAAUAAUGACGGACAGUUGACCCAGGACGAAUUCCUUAAAGGCUGUUUACAGGACGAAGAGCUAUCCAAGAUGCUCGCACCAUAACCACUGCCACGGCUGGCGUGAAAGCCCAAUAUAAUAUUAUAUUUCGCCGCAUUUUUUUGUAUAUCUUUUUCUCUCGCCCCGUAGGGUACGCCUUUAUCGGUGCCAAAAAAAACAAAACAAAACAAGUCAACCCGUUUUUUCUACAAAAAAAAAUUGAAUCCAAAAAAAAAAA